AUGUCGUCAUACUGGGCUGUUCGUAAGUCUUCCUCUCCAGCGAGUCCUCAGCAUCUUAGAGAACGCUUUCGUGAGAUGCCCAAGAACAGUCACAUUUACUCAUCCUCCAAUUUGAGACGUUUGAUUCGUGUUCCUAUCGCUCCCGAUUAUGAUGAAGCUUGUAACACUCUUGCCACACAUCCCGAGGAUCAGCCUGAAUUUGGCAAUCGGAGAAAGGUGAGGACCGAGGAGGUCACCUAUGGAACCCCAACUGGUCACAAGAGCCUUCGUUUGGACUUCCUCCAAAGCCAUGAGGAAUCCGACGGCUCCUCUGUGGCAUCAAGCUAA